AUGAUAAACAAUAUUAAUAAUGAUAAUAACUAUAUCUCAAUAUUAUUUUUAAAAAUAUGGAGAAAUCAGUACAUUAAAAAUAUUAUAUUAAAAUAUUGUUCAAUUUUUAAACUACAUAAUCAAACCUAUAUGUCGGGUGUCACUUCCCCAUCAUUCAAAUAUAUAUUAUCUUAUAAAGGUCUUGACUAUUGCAAAUCAUUUCAUAUCAAAGAUUCAAGCUGUUUAUUCAAUCUACCAAAAGAUGUAGAAAGAAUCUCAAUCUAUGAUACAAUUAUAAUAAAGGAAGAACCUGAAAGUCAUCUUAAUCAAAUAAUGGAGUACUUCAAAGAAUCACCAAUUACCGAACUAUCAAUUAAACUAAACUUUUUCGUAGAUAAUAGAGAUUAUAUAAACCAUCACACUCCAAAUAAAGAUUUACCAGAGAAUAAAAAGAGUUUCGAAAUUUUACAAAAUAUAGUGAAAUGUCUUCCAUCGAAUUUAAAGAAGCUUAAUCUAUCAACAUAUAGCUCUAGCAUCGAACCAUACACAUUACCAAACACACUCGUCUCACUUAGUUUUUAUGGAAAUACAACUCUUAAAGACCACUCUAUUCCAUAUUCUGUAGAAGAGCUUAUACUAGAAAACUAUAACCUAGCUUUUACAACAGAAAAUGUGAUGCCACCAUCUUUGAAGAAGGUUACAUUUGGUUUUAGGUACAACCAACCCCUUAAUACUAACUUAUUCAAGAAUUGCAAACAAUUAAAAACAAUUCAUUUUGGAAAAAAAUUCAAUCAAAGCUUAGAACCUGGUGUUUUACCAAGUAGCUUAAAGAAAAUUUGUUUUCCUGAAAGCUCCGCCUUUUCAAAGCCACUAAAAUUAAACAGCUUACCAAAUGGCAUUAAAAAAAUUACAUUCCCACAAAACUUUAACCAACCAUUUUUAAUCAAAAAAAAGAAUUUUUUCACUGGAAAAAAAGGUUUUUUUUCAAGACUAUUUAAGAAACAAAAUCAACAAGAUGAUGAAGAAAUAGGUGAUCAUUUAAAUGACUAUGAAUCAAUUUUACCAAAAAGCUUAGAAUUUUUAAAAGUAGGCCUAGCCUUUAAUCAGUCCAUACUUAAAGGUUCCAUCCCAGAGUCUGUAACGGUUUUGGAUCUUAGUGGAUCUGUUAUCAAGAAGUUUGACGAUAAUGCAAUACCAAAUGUUAAAGUUUUAACAAUGCCCAGAGAGAUUCAGCAAUUUGGUGAAUCAUUGUUCCCAAAUAAUAUACAAGAAAUUAAUAUACCAAAAAUUACUCUUAAACAUUAUCAAGUUGGCAAAUUAAAAAUUCCAGUUUCGGUUAAGAAAUUUAAAGUGGGAGAAGAAUCAACAAACGUAUCUUUACAAUCAUUUCUAUAUCCUGAACAAGUAUACCAAUUUGAAGAACUUUGGUACAAAAACCAUAUACUCCGUUCUUUCUCAAACCUUCAAUUCAAUUAUUGUCAUAUCAAAGAGUUGUACAUCCACUAUACUGUUUACGAAAAUAUAAAUAAUCUAACUUUACCAACAAAUCUUGAAAAACUCGUUCUUAGUGGUGGCAUUGAUAACUCAUUUUAUCCAAACUACUUUUCUAUGUGCCAAAAUUCUUUAAAAUAUUUAGAAAUACAAACACUUAGAAGUCAAGUAAUCCCUAUCCAUUGUGUUCCACCAACAUUAGAAACACUGGUACUAGGUGAAAUCUACUCUGUUUCAAAUAUAGAAUUUAUAAAAACCAUAACCAAUUUGCAGACACUUGUUAUUGGCAAAAUCUUUAAUGGUUCAAUUAAACAUUUAAAAACCAUCUUACCACAAUCAAUCACCACUUUAGAAAUUAGAGAAGAAAUCUUACUUUCAGAAAUAAGUUUGCUGUGGGUUCCAGAGAACCUCAAAACUUUAAUUUUAAGAUCAAACUCACCUCAUGUAGCAUUAAACAAUUUACCACGAUCAAUAGAAAAGAUUUGUUAUAAAAAUACAGAUUUUAUAAUUUACCACCAAAAAUAUUUUAACAAUUCAGAGUCAAUGGAAUACUAUUACGACAAAUUAUGUUUAAAUAAAGAUUAA